AUGGCGCCGAAAGGGAAAGGCGAGAACACGAAGAAGGCUGCCGGCAACGCAAAGAAAGCAGAAGUAGCAUCGCAAAAGGCCGCAGUAGCGAACCAAAAGGCGGAACAGGCAGAGGCGCAGAAAUGGGAUAAAGGCUCGAAAGACACCAGCAAAGCCGAAGCAGCCGCCGCCAAACAAGCCGAAGCCGCCCGCAAGAAGGCCGAGAAAGAUGCGCUCGCGGCCGAAGAGGACGCCAGCCUCCCCAGCAAAGGCAGCGCCAAAAAGGCCCCAGCAAAGAAAUCCAAGGGCCUCGACCUCUCCGGCCUCGACGCUCCUUCCUCAAAGAAGGACCUCGCCGCCCUCAACGCCACCGGCAUCGACAACGCCAUCGACGCCCUAUCCCUCACAAACAACAACAACGCGGACAAGAUCGACAAACACCCCGAGCGGCGGUUCAAAGCCGCCUACGCGGCCUUCGAGGAGCGGAGGUUAGAUGAGAUGAAAGAUGACAAGGGCUUGAGGCGGCAGCAGAAGGUGGACGCGAUCAGGAAGGAGUUUGAGAAGAGUCCGGAGAAUCCGUUCAAUCAGGUUAGUGGACGGUAUGAUAUGAGUAAGGAGGAGAUGAGGGAGUUGAAGGAGUCGGAGAGGGAGAAGAAGGAGGCGUUGUUGACGGGGAAGUGA